AUGGCGUCUGGCUGGUUCGGCUCGUCGUCGAACGACCCAAGGCGUCCUCCGGAUGUCCGCGUCCAAGUCGCUGAACAGAAACCUCACGAUUUUUACUUGCAGCCGGGUUCUAGUGCUUCGAGAUCCGCUACGAACCGCUCAGCAGCCUCAGCACCUUCGGCUUACGUGGAUACGACUCACUCCAUGACGCAUGUUCAAAAUGCUUCGCUCUUCGAUGUAGGCAUCUUGAAAGACACGCUUGUCCCUUCGCUCACCCUACACUCCGGCCUGGCUCUCAUCGCAUAUGGGGCUGCACGAUACACAGAUCGCGUCGAAGCGAAGGACUGGCUCUGGCCAAGCGGUCAGGUUGUAAACGCCUGGUGGUCAGCUGUCGGGCGUCGUCUCGCUCAAGGCUACACGGUUUCCCAGGCCUUUGGUCGUCUGUCGUGGCACGAGCGUGUCAUUCUCACGGGUGUUACGCUAUGGGGAGGACGUCUCUUCUAUCGUAUCGCUCGUCGUUCGAUCCAGCGAGGUGAGGAUGAUCCGCGAUAUGCCGAGGUCAAGAAGGAAGAAGGCUUCUGGAACAGCGCUCUGUUCAAGGUCUUCAUCCCUGAGGCCUUCUUCCAGAUGCUCAUCAGCCUUCCAUUCACCGCGCCUUUCCGACACGAGGGUGCCGUCAUGACAGGCUACCAUCCCUUCGUUCAGAUGUUUGCCGUCGGAUUGUUCUCUUCCGGGUUGGCCUUGGAGACACUGGCGGACUACCAACUAGACCAGUUCAAGGCAGGGGGCAACAAGGGCAUCAUGCGCGAGGGUGUAUGGAGCAUUGUCCGCAACCCCAACUACCUGGGUGACGCCCUCGUACACAUCUCAUUCAUUGUCAUGCUUUACGGCUCAGACAUGCUUGCUCCUAUCGAACUUUUAGGUCCCGCUGCAAACUACGCCUUCCUCCGCUUUUUUGGUGGCGAUGCGGAAAAAGAGAAACAUCAGAAGCGCCGAUACUCUGCUUCCCAACCCGACAAGUUCCGUGAGUUGGAGAAGUUCAGGGCGGAUAAGAAUGCUUUCUGGCCAAGUGCCGACGAGCUAAGCAACAAGUGGCUAUGGACUGUGUUGGGAGUUGGAGGUUUGGGUAUCGCGGUCGAGCAGACGCUUAGGGCACUAUACUAG